UGUAGAUAUAUUCCAGCUUGGCAGGCCUCAGGCCCGGGGCCCUGAACAGUGAGGACCCUCCCAGUCAUGAAAGUCAGAGGGAAUACAUAACAUUCACAAGCACCACUAGAUUCCUCCCAGACCUUUCAAUUUUCUCUCUGACUCGCGAAGAUCGCGCUAGGCUGCCUCACUUCAAACUAUGUCAGAUUUAAACUGCGGUUCCGGUGGAGGCGCGACUACAUAUGCACAGUUGCGGAUUGCAUCGAUCUUCAUUAUCCUUAUCGGAUCGAUGAGCGGCGCACUUUUUCCAGUGCUUGCUAAACGGACAAACUGGCUUAAGGUUCCCAAAGGCGUCUUUGACUUUGCCAAAUAUUUCGGUUCUGGUGUCAUUAUAGCUACAGCCUUUAUUCAUCUACUUAGUCCCGCUAUCAGUGAGCUUUCAUCUCCAUGCCUGUCACCGGCUUGGCAGGAAUAUCCCUACCCGCUCGCAUUAGCGAUGCUCAGCAUAUUUUCGAUAUUUAUCGUUGAGCUGGUAGCCUUUAGGUGGGGUACAGCCAAACUGGUGGCCCUCGGUGUGAGGCACGAUACACACGGUCACGGUCUCGGCGCGCACGCUGCACAUGGGCCUGAAGGUGGAAUGCCGGAUGGCGACUCAAACUCUGAGAAAAUCAACGGAGAUCUAGAAUCUGCACAUGAUCAUGAACACCUGGAUCUUGGUGCCGCAGGGCAGAUAAUCGGUGUGUUCAUUCUAGAAUUUGGCGUAUUAUUGCAUAGUAUGCUCAUUGGUCUGACGCUCGCGGUCGAUCCGGACUUCAAAAUCCUGUUUGUUGUCAUCAUAUUUCAUCAAACCUUCGAGGGCCUUGGUGUCGGUACUCGUCUCGCUCACUUGCAGCUUCCCACGAAGUACAAUUAUGUAGCGAUCUGUGGCGCGCUGCUGUACGGAAUCACCACACCAUUAGGCAUUGCAGUCGGGCUUGGCGUUCAAAGCACGUACAACCCAGGCAGCACCACCGCCUCCAUCGUGAGUGGAGUGCUCGACUCGCUGAGUGCGGGUAUCCUGUUGUAUACUGGUCUUGUUGAGCUUCUUGCUCACGAGUUCAUCUUCAACAAAGAAAUGAUCAACGGGUCUAACAGACAGGUUGCCUACGCCAUCUCAUGCAUGCUUUUUGGAUGUGGGAUCAUGGCGCUCCUGGGGCGUUGGGCAUAAGAGAUUAAUGUGUCAAGAUUCGAGGCAUAUGUCCAAUCAGUGGACAUGGCCCAUGCAGUGACUAGUGGAGAGCAUAACCAGCGGAAUGAUACGCGGUACAUACGAGUAGAACUUACCGAAAUAUAUGACGGACAUGAUAGGCGGGAAUCUAUCUUGAUUAGUCUAAGAGUAUACGUUGUAACCAUCUAGUGUAAUAUUGGAGAUCUUACUGGCAGUUAUGGUUAUUGCACACCGCACAAUUUACAAGUAGUGGACUUUUCAAUUUUCAGGAUGGGAUCGUCUAUCGACGGUUAUAGAUGAGUCGGUCUAGGAUGGCGUUUGAU